UAAAAAAUAAACGAUUGCAAUAAUAGAAGCGGACCAUGUUGUUGCUGUUGUUAUUGUUUGUAAAGGAACUUCGCCGACGCUCGCUGCAAUCAGUUGGUUGAAAACUUUGAGCAAGCCGGUUGAAUGUAAAUUGUGUGUGCAAGUUAUAAAAAUGGAAAAUAAUAUUUUGGAAUCUGCAGAAAAGGACGGACUGGAAUCUUUAUUAGACUCUUGGGGAUUCAGCUACAUUUUACAAACAUUAAAAGAUGAAUCUAUAACACUUGAACGGCUAAGAUAUUUGGAAGAGCAGGACUUGACAUACUUAUUCCGGGAACGUAAGUUAGGAGAAAAAGUGGAGUUUCGUUUCAAGCUUCAGCAAUGGAAAAUCGCAAAUGGAUAUUCUGAUGUCAAAGCCUGCGAUACAAUAUCUGUAGACACGACUUUCCUGGAAGACGUGGAAAAUUCACAAUAUUUAAACUGCAGUCAAUCAACAAGCUCUUCUUCUAAAGUUAUUCACGAUCCUAAUGGGUACCGCGGCUCCAUUGUGAGUAUAUAAAUAUGCAAAUAUCUACAGUGAACGUCAAAAGAAAUUGUGCAUCAUAAAAUUGCAAUAUUCACGAAAAAUUACUUAUUCUAA